GGAAGACACACCUAGGACUCCUGAAAGGCUUAUUGUGUCUCCGGCUGGCUGUAAAAAUCCUAUUGGCUGGAACUCGGCUUGGCCAAAGUACAGCCAGAAGGUUUCUGUCUCCUUUCAGAGCAGUCGGCGUUUGGGCUGCAAGGAAGCGAGCCGCACUUUCGGAGCAAGGAUGGAGCAACAGGGUCCAGUCAAGAAGGAAGGGAGGCUGACGCUUGUGCUUGCCCUGGCAACGUUCGUAGCUGCGUUUGGGUCAUCCUUCCAGUAUGGGUACAACGUGGCCGUCAUUAACUCCCCUUCCGAGUUCAUGGAGGCGUUUUAUAACAAGACCCACUAUGAGCGAACCAGCGACUACAUGAGCGAGUCUGCCUUAACCUUGCUGUGGUCCGUCUCCGUAUCCAUGUUCCCCUUCGGAGGCUUCAUCGGGUCCCUCAUGGUCGGCCCCCUGGUGAAUAAAUUGGGCAGGAAAGGAACCUUGCUCUUCAACAACAUCUUCUCCAUAGUGCCCGCCAUCUUGAUGGGGUGCAGCAAGGUGGCCAGGUCUUUUGAGAUGAUCAUUUUGUCCAGACUUUUGGUGGGAAUUUGUGCAGGUCUGUCUUCCAAUGUCGUCCCCAUGUACCUGGGAGAGCUGGCCCCUAAAAACCUGAGGGGGGCCCUCGGGGUGGUGCCUCAGCUCUUCAUCACCAUCGGAAUCCUUGUGGCUCAGCUCUUCGGCCUUCGGAACCUCCUCGCCAACGAAGAAGGCUGGCCGGUCCUGCUCGGGCUGACCGGGGUCCCCGCGGCUCUGCAGCUCCUGCUGCUGCCCUUCUUCCCCGAGAGCCCGCGGUACCUGCUGAUCCAGAAGAAGGACGAGGUGGCUGCCAAGAACGCGCUGAAGAGGCUGCGGGGCUGGGAGGACGUGGGCGCCGAGAUGGAGGAGAUCCGGCGGGAGGACCAGGCUGAGCGGGCCGCGGGCUUCAUCUCUGUGCUGCGGCUGUUCCGCCUGCGGUCCCUGCGCUGGCAGGUGCUGUCCGUCAUCGUCCUCAUGGGUGGCCAGCAGCUGUCGGGAGUGAACGCGAUCUACUACUACGCAGACCAGAUCUACCUGCAAGCGGGGGUGAAGGCCAACGACGUCCAGUACGUGACCGUGGGCACCGGCGCCAUCAACGUGCUGAUGACCGUCUGUGCCGUGUUCGUGGUGGAGCUCCUGGGCCGCAGGGUCCUCAUCCUCCUGGGCUUCUCCGUCUGCUUCGCCGCCUGCUGUGUGCUGACAGCCGCUCUGGCCCUGCAGGACACAAUACCCUGGAUGCCCUACGUCAGCAUCGCCUGCGUCAUCAUCUACGUCGUGGGACACGCCCUCGGGCCCAGUCCCAUCCCUGCGGUGCUCAUCACUGAGAUCUUCCUGCAAUCCCCCCGGCCAGCCGCUUUCAUGGUGGGGGGCAUCGUGCACUGGCUCUCCAACUUCACCGUGGGCUUGGUCUUCCCGUUCAUUCAAGCAGGCCUCGGAGCUUACAGCUUCAUCAUCUUCGGCGCGAUCUGUCUUCUCACAACCAUCUAUACCUUCCUGGUGGUCCCCGAGACCAAGGGCAAGACCUUCAUGGAGAUCAAUCAGAUUUUCACCAAGAUGAACAAGGUGUCGGAUGUGCAACCGGAAAAAGAGGAGCUGAGGGACCUCCCGCCCGCUGCUCUGGGGCCGUAACUGCAGAGUAGGAGCCUGCUGAGCGGGUUUGCGCGGGCUGCCCUCCUGGGCUUCGUCCUGGCCAGUAGCCGUCUGGGAACAGGGGCCGAGGCCCCACGUGGGGUGGGACACAGACGCACGGGGACUGUGUGGAGGGCUUCUGUGCCGUCUCCCUCCAGAUGACCCCACCAACCCCGAGUCACCCGCACUGGGCUCCUCAUAACACUAAUGACGACAAUCAUUAGUGUGGUGCAGAGAUGGAAGGAAUCCCCUCCCGCCAGGAUCCUGGGGUCUUCUGGGGACCCGAGGCCUGCCCUCAGAGAAGCUCUUCCUCCCGCCUGAUCCGUCUGCGGAAAUACCUGGACGGUGUGAUGUCUAAGAAGCUGGGGAGCAGGUCCCCGUGGAGAUUUUAACGGAGUCAGCUUGUGAAUCCUGAAUUCUCUGGCUGGAGGACAGUGAGUGACACGGCCCAAUAAAACACAUAUUAUCACUUUUCACAA